AUGGGCCGACACGCCGAUGUAUUGCCAGAAGGAAACAUCGUGAUAAUUGCCAAGGUACGAUCAAAGCGAAAACCAGACACCAAUUCAGACCCGCAAAUUGACAUUUACCAGCUUCUGAUGUCUUUCGAAUGCGUAUACUGCAUGACAGUGGGAAUCAUUAAGAUCUCCAUCUUGCUCAUGUAUGCUCGUAUCUUCCCCACAAGAGGAUUUCGCAUCGCCGCAAUCAUCCUGGGCAGCAUCGUCAUCGGAUGGGUUGUCGCAAUCAUCUGCGUGAGCGUGUUUCAGUGUACCCCGCUCGCAAAGGCCUGGAACCCUACCCUGUCGGGUACUUGCAUCAACCUCAAGGGCUCGUUCAUCGGAAACGCAGUGCCGAAUAUCCUAACCGACAUCGCUAUCUUGGCUCUGCCAGUGCACGCUGUCUGGGGGCUUCAUGCGACUGUAACGCAUCGGCUAUCGGUAAUUGCGGUAUUUCUGCUGGGCAGUUUCGUCGUCUUCACCAGCGCCUACCGCUUCUCCACACUCUUCGAAUUCCAACCCAUCGACACCCCCUGGACCCUCGCCAAGGCUUGCACCUGGUGUCUCAUUGAGUGCUCCAGCGGCAUCAUCUCGGCCUGCAUGCCCACCCUGCGUCCCUUGUUCGUCAUGCUCUCCUCAAAAUUCGCGAGCUCGAUCGGCACACGCACACGAACGACUGGCGUACGUGGUUCCGGCCUGAAGAGUUAUGACGUGAGUAAUUCGGCCUUGCGUCCACCGGGCGAAGUCAUGGGCAAACAGAGUGUGCAGUUGAAGGUCAGCCAGCCGGACGCUGCGUCGGGGGAUGAGUGCAACGCGACAUGA